AUGGAAUUGAAAAAUCUGAAACCAAGACAUACUUCUUCAAUCUUUUAUGGGAAACAAGACUUGUGUCUUCGUGGUCGGAAGUCCGGCUCUGCUGUGGGAGUGCCUGAGCAGAAGCUUCGAGCUCACUUGGGUUCCUUUGGGGUAACGGGAAAUCUUGCUCUUCAACCAAUGUACACAUUGUCUGGUGGUCAGAAAAGCAGGGUCGCCUUUGCAAAGAUAACUUUCAAAAAACCUCACAUUGUACUGCUUGAUGAGCCAUCAAAUCACCUUGAUUUGGAUGCUGUGGAGGCAUUAAUCCAAGGUCUAGUUCUGUUCCAAGGAGGCGUGCUUAUGGUGAGUCACGACGAGCAUCUUAUAUCUGGCAGUGUGGACCAGAUGUGGGUAGUAUCUGAAGGUACGGUGACACCAUUCAAUGGGACAUUCCAUGACUAUAAGAGGAUAUUGCAGUCCUAG